AUGCCGCUUUCCCUCGUUAAUAGCACCCUGGCGCAGCCGGUCUGCGCCCUAAAUCAGCGACAACCAUGUGAACAACAGCUCGCCGCUUCAUCUAGAUUCACACUCGCAGGUCCUGUUGCGCGCCGAUCGCUCGCGGUGCGCGCUUCUCCGUCAGCGCCGGGCCACGCGGCGCCGUCGGAACAUGCGCCAACGGGGCCUGGGCCCGAGGCUGUCGCGAGGGAGGAGCAAGCUGUCAAGGAGGCCCGCGUUCGCGCGGAGGUUUCGCGAAGGAUUCGGCAGCUGGGGCGGGAAGGAAAUGCGUCGGCCGCAGUGGAGCUGUUCACUCAAAUGCAGGCGGAUGGCAUAGCCCCCGACGCCAUGGCAGCCACAGCUCUCAUCGACUGCUGCGUGCGCUGCGUGGCUGUGGGCGUGUUGCUGCGAGCAUACGGGCGCAAGAGCCCACCGCAGUGGGCCAAGAUUCAGCAGCUGCUGACGCGCAUGGAGCUCGACUUUGGCCUGCAGCCGUCCACUGCGAUCUUCAACGAGCUCAUGGAUAUCUGUGCGAGGGACAAUGCGGUGGACCGUGGGGUGCAGCUGUUGGAUCGGAUGGCCGAGGCUGGCGUUGAGCCGGAUGCGUUCACGUUUGAGGCUGUGAAGCGCAGGCGGACGCUGCGCAUCAGCGCGGCGGCAAAUGCACCCCCCUCACCAGGCGCGUCCGCACAGGAGGCUAACACCGCGCCGGCACCGGCUUCCGCGGCACCAGUGACGGUGAAGCUGGGCUUUCUGCUGCCCGUGCAGGAGCGCAACCUCGACAUCCCUCUCAACCUCGCUCGCGAAUGGGGAUCGGCAGCGCAAGUGGCACUGGACGUGCUCGCUACGCGUUACACGGGCUUCGCAAUAAAGCCCGUCUUCCAGGCCGUCGAAUGCACCGCCGAGAACGCCGCAGUCGGCGCAGACGCGCUGGUGAAGCAGGGCGUGGCGGGCGUGGUGGGGCCCGCGUGCAGCGAGGCGGCUGUCGGCGCGGCGCCCGUGCUGGGCCGCGCGGGGAUCCCGAUGGUGUCCUUCGCCGCCACGGCUGACGCGCUGCGGAACCGCACCGCCUUCGGCGAUCGGCAUCAGGCAGCAGCCAUUCGCAGCGUGGUGGACCAGCUGCAGUGGAAGCGCCUGCUCGUGUUCCACACCGCCGAGACGUACGGCGAGGCGCUCGCCUACGAUGUGGCGCAGGAGCCCCAGCUGCAGGUGCGCACGGUGCGCAUUCCGCACCCGCCCCCCGCGGACUGCUCCGCGUACUUCCCCCCGGCGGCGGACGACUGGAUGAAGGGGUCGGAGGACAUGGGUGUGGUGCUCGCCGUGCUGCCCAGCACCGCCUCCUGCCUCUGGGCCGCUGCUAGCAAGCUCAAUCUCCUGGGGUACCCGUGGUGGUACCUGGGAACGGACGGCGUGGCAGCACUGGACCUCAUGGAUGCAGCACCGCAGUCGGGCGAGGAGAUGCUCGCCAACCGCAUGCUCAACGAGCUCGCGCUCGUGCCCUCAGGCGCCGACCCCUCAGGCGAGCAGCCCUUCGCGCCAUUCAAGGCGUACUGGCAGCAGCAGUCGUACGCUGCGUUCCCGGGCCUGCUCACCUUCGACGCCUCCCCGCGCUUCUCCGCCCCCCGGGCCUUCGUGCCACACCUCGUGGAUGCCGUGUGGGCGUUCCACGAAGCCGUCAACAAGACCGUUGGGGAACACGGCGCGUCCCUAUCGGCCUCGCACCUGCUCGCCUGCUUCAACGACUCGCCGGCUGACUGCGUGUCCUUCCCGGGGGCCACGGGGCACGUGCACUUUGACUCCGACUCGGGCGAGCGCACCAAGGUGCAGGCGUCGCCUCGCUACUCGCUCAUGCAGUUCGCAGGGCUCCCCUGGAUGAACUCGCCUGCUUCAACGACACCCCUUCUGACUGCGUGUCCUUCCCGGGGGCCACGGGUUACGUGCACUUUGACUCCGACUCGGGCGAGCGCAGCAAGGUGCAGGCGUCGCCGCGCUACACGCUCAUGCAGUUUGCAGGGCUCCCCUGGAUGGUACGCCUCUCAUGAUGCUGGCACUGCUGGCGCUGCUGCUGCUGCUGCUGCUGCUCUGCUGAUUCUGUUGCUGGCACUUCUGCUGCUGAUGCUGUUCAUGCGCGGAGCAUGCUAA